UAAAACACGCCAUCCUCCGCUCUACACUUGACAUGUCGGACCACAGCAUUUCCAUGUGUUUUAAAGUAAAGAGUAGCUGGUAUUUCAUAUGAGAUGUGAUAUUAGAAGUAAGCGGGAAUGUGGUUUAUUCGCAAUGGGAAAUGUUUUCGGCAGACAGGGACGAGUCACCAGUCGAGUGACAGAUCAGGACAGGGCGAUAUUGCAACUGAAACAGCAGAGAGAUAAACUGAAGCAAUAUCAGAAGAAAAUCACAUUACAGCUGGAGAAAGAGAGACGUCUGGCCAAACGGCUCCUGAAGGAUGGCAAGAAGGAACAAGCUCUUCUGCUGCUCAAAAAGAAACGCUACCAAGAUCAGCUGCUGGACAAAACCGACAUCCAGAUAGCAAACCUGGAGUGCAUGGUUCAAGAUAUUGAAUUUGCUCAGAUUGAAAUAAAGGUCAUCGAAGGUUUAAAGGCUGGGAAUGACUGUCUCAAGCAAAUGCAUGAGGUCAUGUCUAUUGAGGAGGUGGAGAGAAUACUGGAAGAGACGCAGGAGGCCAUUGAGUAUCAGAAGCAAAUUGAUGAACUGCUGGCAGGUUUUUGGACAGCGGAGGAUGAGGAUGCUGUGUUAGCAGAGCUGGAGGCCAUCACUCAGGGAGAAGACAUAACCCUUCCAGAAUUACCCACAGAUCCAUUGUCAGCGGUACCUACGGGGGAAACAGAAAGAAAAGAGGCACAAAUCAAGCCGGAGCGAGAGAUGCUGGCAGCGUAGUGUUUGAUCCUACAGCCUGGCUCAUCACUUUGUUUUUAAUGAAAGGAAGAGCUAAGGGAAUAUAAUUGGCAGAAAAGAAGGCUUUCAUAGGAUAUUUAAUAGGCACGCAUCAGAAUCAGUGUUCCCAUGGUCGUGGAAAUCUUGGAGAUGUCAGGGAAUUUAACUUUUUUGAUUUUUCAGGCUUAAAAAAAAAAAAUAUCAUAGAAAGCAAUCCCUAGUAAAAAAGUAAUCGAUUUAAAAUGCAUUUAUUUUAUACUUAGUUCAAGUCUAUUAAUAUAUUUACUGACAUAUCACUUGAGACUUACUUAUAAAAAAUUGUGAUAAAACUUUCUUUGCAGUACUACAUGUGCACAUUUCUGAAUAUUAACCCUAAAAAUGUUUUAAUGUCAUUAUUGAUGAGGAAUGUAAAUAAUAUCAGUCUUUAAAUGCAAAAUAUUUGUAAAGUAUACUUCUAAAGUAUACAAUUAAAGUGCACUAAGUGCAAAAUUAGUUGUUCUAAUUUAGCAGACUUGGUAAAUAUACCAGUUUAAUAUAUGAAAAGUACAACUAUUUUUUUUUGUAUACUUGAAUUAAAUACAUUUUAAAUACAUUUUAGUCUAUUUUAUUUUUCACUAAAGACCAAAUGUCUAGAAAAAGUAAUGGAAAUGAUUUUUAUCCUAAUUUAUUUAUUGAA